GAGAAGAACAAGAUAAAACAUCAAACAGACUGUUAUGAUAAUGAGGACUUGGUAGUUAGAAGAGGUUUCGGUUUCCAGAUUGAUGUCAAGUUUAACAGAAAAAUUAACCAUGUUGAUACAGUGGUUGUCCAGAUACAAACAGGUCGGAGACCAAUGGAAAGUAAGGGUAGUAUCGUCAAUUUUAAGAUCCCUAAAUCUGGUAAGUUGAAGGUAGAGACAGAGCUGUAUACAUGGUGUAUGGACAAUGUUAAAUGGUCAGAUAAAGCAGUAAGUUUUGAGUUACAACCAAUAGAUGUUAUUAUUGGUACAUAUCAAAUGUAUAUUGAAACCAGGAUAGAAGAUCUUGAUGAAGUAUCUAGAUUUCAUAUUGAAGAUGAAGAUAUCCAUAUCAUUUUUAAUCCCUGGUGGCCAGAUGACGAAGUAUACAUGCCGAAUAGUACUGAAAGAGAUGAAUAUGUUUCAAAUGAAAUGGGACGAAUAUGGGUUGGUUCAAGCAAUUCACACAGAGGAAGACCAUGGAAUUUUGGACAAUUUGAUAAACCUUGUUUGGAAGCGGCUCUGUUUUUAUUGGAUAGGGCUGAAUUAAAAGAAGGUGCUAGGAGAAGUGUUAUUAGCAUUGUUAGAACUAUAUCAGCACAGGCUAAUAGCUGUGAUGAUUAUGGGGUACUGGAAGGACGGUGGUCGUCUGAAUACCCUUCUAACUGUACCAAACCAUGGGCGUGGAGUGGUAGUGUCAGUAUUCUGGAAGAGUUUAUGAAGACUGGAAAACCAGUGAAAUAUGGACAGUGUUGGGUCUUCUCUGGAGUUGUUACUACAUUACUGAGAGCCCUAGGGAUUCCUACCAGAUCUGUUACCAACUUUGAUUCUGCCCACGACACUGACUGUAGUACCACAAUAGACUCUCAUGUUGAUGAAGAUGGUAAACCUUUAGAUGAUCUUGAUGAUUCUGUGUGGAAUUUCCACGUGUGGAAUGAAUCCUGGUUCCGUAGACGCGAUUUACCUGAUGGUUAUGAUGGAUGGCAAGCUCAUGAUGCUACACCUCAAGAAGUCAGUGAUAGUGUAAUGAGAUGUGGUCCGGCUCCGUUGAAAGCUAUAAGAGAAGGUCAUGUAUACCUAAACUAUGAUGUGCCAUUUAUAUUUAGUGAAGUUAACGGUGACAGAAUAUAUUGGAAGGUAAAGGAGGAUAAGAGUAUGGAAGUAUGUAAUGUUGAUUCUCAUUCUAUAGGAAAAUGUAUCAGCACCAAGGCUAUUGGUAAACCUGAUAGACACGAUAUAACACACUUGUAUAAACAUAAUGAAGGUCGUGCAGAAGAACGACGUGUUGUCUCUUUUGUCCAUAAAUUUGGAAGUAGAAAAGAUCUGGAUAUUUAUAUUAGGAAAUUCAACAAAGACAUUAAAAUGGAUCUAAAGAUUCCUGAAACUCUCUUGGGAAAUACUCUUGAGAUAUCUGUGAAGAUGAAGAAUACAUCGAAUGUCUCUAGAACUAUAGAUGGUCGUAUUUCUGUCUGUAGUUGUUUUUAUACUGGAAUACCAGCCAAGAAGAUUAAAAGUGAAAAGGCUUAUCAUGUUAUUAAACCUAAAUCUGAGUGCAUUGUUAAAUUUGAAAUCAGCUCGUCGGAUUAUGGAUCUAAAUUGAACCCAAUUGCUAGUAUGAUAGUUUAUUGUGCAUUGCAAGCCCAGGAAACAAAGCAACAUUUGGUUAAGAAGGCAUCUUUUAAUUUGACAAUGCCGAAUCUGAAAAUUCAGGUCCCAAGUCAAAUGAAAAUGAGAGAAAAAUCGGAAGUAACUGUUUCAUUUAAGAAUCCUUUACAUAUCAAUCUAACAAAUUCUGUAUUUACGUUUGAAUGUGCUGGGUGCUAUGUUACAACACGGGAUAAGAAAAGGUCAGUAAUAUUUAUAUAA